CGCUGGCAGCAGGCAGGAAUAUGGACAGCUUUCAAUCGGGGUCCUUCAGAGGUCCUUUGAAUGCAUGUGGCGCGAUAUGGGAAACUGAGGCGUAAAUAGUUUUGACAGCCGUUUUCUUCUCAAAGAGAGGCUUAAAAUUUAUAUAAACAACAUGUUUUCUGCAGAGCAGGGUUGCUGGUUUAUCCGCAAGGUAAUUUGUUGGAGAGCUGCAGCCAGUAUUGCUUGGGCUGUACUGUUGUUGCCACCCAGCACAGCGAUUUUUGUGAUCCUCAGCAAGUUCAGUGUUCUCCACCCCAUCCAGACCAUAUCAGAAUGCUUCUCCAUGCUAACAAGUGCAACUGCCAUCUUCUCUUUCAUCCUGCUGUGUGGAGUGAUCAUCAUGGUUGGUUUCUUGAACUUUGAGUAUUACACAGUCAUUCCAACUAUUGCAUGCUCGAAAAUCGCACUCUUUGGUCAGCUUCUCCACCCUCGACAGCUUGUCAACUCCCUGGUCCACUGCAUCAUGGGAAUGAUCGUGGCUUGGUGUUCUGCCGUUACCAUCGGUUUUAGAUACGAAACUCUUGGCCACCCGUGUGCACAGACCGAUGGUUAUCAUCAGAUGUGUCUGAAUGAAUAUCAUCUCAUCCUUCUGCUGGGUGGAGCUUUUGUUGGAUUCUCUCACAGUCUGCUGGGUGUGAUCCACAACAUGAACUAUGUCUCCUUCCAUACUGUUCAGCAAUACAAAUACCUUCGCUUCAAGGGAUGUCUUCCUUUGGUGGUUAAGUGCAGUGCCACUCAGGCACUUUACUCUGUCAGGAACUUCAUCGUUGUUUAUUACUUUUUGGGGUACAUUCCAAGAACAUGGAUCUGUAAAACACUGAAUCUUCACUUGGGCAGCUCUGCCCACCCUCUUGACAGCAUAGCUGGAUUGCUGGACCUCUCCCUCCUCUACCACCUCUGGAUCAGUGCCACCUUUCUCCUCUUCACUUGGUACAUCACACUGCUGCUCUUUAGGAUUUUUCUCACUGAGGGGUACAGUUUUCCUGUGCAGUCAUCUUUUACUGAAGAUGCAGACCAUUGUCUUCCUAAAGUACUGACUGAAAAGCAGCCAAUGAUAUUAAAGUUCCUAGCUUUGCAGGACUUGGCUCUGUUGUCUCAACAUUCUCCAUUACGACGCUGUGAAGUCUUCAGUCUGAGUCAACCAGGUGGACAUCCUCAUAACUGGAAUGCUAUCAGUAAAGAGUGCCUCUCUCUGCUGGCUGAUCUGACUCAGAGACUUGUAGCCUAUCAUGACACUGUAGCAACCAAUGGCAGGGCCAAAUCACUGUCGAGUGGAAGUGAAAGGAAGACCUCUUCUGAAACAUCAGGUACAGAAGACUUCAUGAGUCCAAGGCCUACCGCUCUCAUGAAAACUCCAGCUUCAGUCUUCACUCGGUCCAUUGCUGGAGGCCAGCAGAGCCCUCUAACAGCCCCAUUCACCCCUGAUCUGGACAGCCCUUUUAUGUCUCCUGCACUGCGGCGUCUUGCUGCUCCUGUGGAGCAAGGCUCACCUUGGUACGGCACAGUGCAGAGCCCCCACAUCAUGAGGCGAGUGCCCAAACUCUGGUCCACAUCCACAGAUUCCCAGGUUAAUGGCAGUUCCCCACCAUCACCAGCUUCAGUUCCCAGUGACAAGCAGGAACCCUCCAAACCAAGUUUUCUGGCUCAGUUCCUCCAGAACAGAAGAGAACAGGUUAAAAAUUUCUUGGCAAAGCGGGUGCUGAUAGUGUAUUUGUUUAACAAGCUCCCAGAAGCCUCGAGUCAGGCUCUCUUUGCUGACAGUCAGGCCCACAUCUGGGCUUUGGAAGGGCUGUCUUACCUUGUUCAAGCCUCAUUCUCUGAAGAUCAGUUUGGGGUUGUGCAGACUACAUUACCCAGCAUUCUCAGCUGCAUGCUGGUCUUACAAGAGGCUGUCGAUCGACACUUCAAGCUGCCUCAUGCCUCCAGUAAGCCUGUCAGGUCGACCAGCAGCAUGGGAGACUCGACAUACAAAACGCUGCGCUUUGCUCUCAGGGCCACACUAAAGACUGCCAUCUACAGGAUAACAACCACAUUUGGUGAUCACUUAAAUGCUGUUCAGCUGUCUGCAGAGCAUCGGAAAAGAUUGCAGCAGUUUCUGGAGUACAAGGAGUAAUGCAUUCGACGCUGGCCGUGCCUUGAGAUUCUUAUCGGUGUCAUUUUUGUGCAUGAAGAUGUCAACAAGUGAAAGGCCAUGAUAGUGCCUUUUUUAAUAUUUAUGUCUGCACUAUACCGUGGGAUUAUAUUUGAUGGUUGAGAUCGCAUCUCUCACAUGCAGGAAGGAGCAGGAAGCCAAAGUGACAGACUGAAACGGGUUGAAGGACUGUUAUCUCUUGUGUUUAGGAGAUAUUAAUCUACCCUACAGUAUAAGAGGCUCAAAAAAAAUUGUUUCCUCAUAAGGAAACGUGAGAAAUUCAUAUAUGACGUUUGUUAAUUGGGACGAGUUACAAAGGGCUCUCUGUGCUGCAUCAUCAUCUUUGGAUUUCAUAUUUCAGCUGCUGUCCUCUUGAGAUAUAUUUUGGUGUUGAAAAGAGAUGGCAUGAGUGCUAACUAAGGAGCUGUCUUUGUUUUGUAAUGAGCUUUUUUGUGAUUCACAGGUGUCUGAAAUGUAUUCUGAACAUGCAUUUUCAUAGAUCUGGUUUUGAGUCUAACCACCUGCCUAAAAACUGAUCAUCUGUCUGCAUCAGCUCAGCAAAAUACAUUUUCAGAUUAGACACCAGCAUUUGUACAUGUUACCUGUUUGUAUGAUUUUGUUUUUUGUUUGUUUUCAUGAUAAAUGAGGUUAUGUCAGAGGAACAGGUUUGGUGCAGCAGGUUUUAAGCCUGGAUAAAUGUUGUCACUCUCAGAAUACAAGUUUCUGCUCAAAAAACUGUUUGAAUAAAAACACGUGAAGAUCAUUUCUCUGGUUUGGAGAAAUGUGUGCUUGCCACAGGCGUAAGACGGAGGAGGCAAUUGAAAGGAAAGACCAUGCCAAAGUUGUCAAAUAUAUGAUGAACAAAAAGCGUAGGAGUGGAGACGUCAAUCAAUGCUUUCUGCUCAGGGCUACUUACCUGAACCCUCACACUUGCACGCCAGAAUCCCAAAUUAUACAUUAGACAGCAGAGGGCUUUGAUUGUUGUGCAAACUGGCUACAUAUGGAAGGAAAAUGCAUUUCCAUUAAUAUAACUGUAGGAAUUGUGAGUUCUCAUUGUAGGAGAAACAUAUAAAUAAUAACUGAGCUCUAUUAGAAUACAUUUAACUGCUGCUGUGACUGCAGCAGCUAAAUGAAGUUCAGUAAUUUCUAAAUGUUAUAACAGAUUACAAUUACAGAUGGAAAUCAGCAGUCUCACAAGCAACUGUAUAUACACUCACCUACCACUAUAUUAGGUAUAGCUUGCUAGUACUGGGAUGAAUCCCCUUUUGCCUUCAAAACUGCCUCAGUUUUACAUGGCAUAGAUUCCUUAGUUGCUGCAAAUCUGCUUCACUACAUCCCAAAGGUGCUCUACUGGACUGAAAUUUGGUGACUGGCGAGCAUUUGAGUAGUCAACUUACUUUAAUGUUCAUGAAACUGAUUUGAACUUUGCUUUCACCAGAAUAAUUUCUCAUCAGAGGAUGGUGUUUAAAUGAUGUUCAGUUCAUAGCAAGUGGCCCAAAGUUUGCCAAGAAAAUAAAACCCAAACCAUCACCUGAAUCUGAACCACUGAUAUGUGGUAGGAUGUUUCCUUGCUUUCAUUUUGUUUGGCACAAACAAAAGGGAGUGAGGGAGUGGCUGAGGACAAUUACUGGGGGAACUGCUGCUCAUUGUAAAUCUUUAGGAUGGCUGUGUAUUUAUCUCAGUAGAUCAGCAGUUUCUGAAAUACUCAGACCAGCCUGCCUGCCACCAAACAAGCUGAAUGAGUUAAUCUGACAGUAUAGCCUGUACAUAAUCACUGGAUUAAUGAGGUAUUCAAUAUUUUGUCCAAGGAUGACUGACCUUAAUAGAUCACGUGUUCUAUAUGUACAGAUAAGGACACAAUUUUUAACCCCUCUAUGAAAAUACAAAGUUUUUGUCAAAAUUUUCCCAAUUGCUUUUUUAAACAGAGCAAGGGAUUUUUAACAUAGCAUUUCUAAGUGUCUUAGUUUUCUUUGAAAGGGGCGCCACAAUGGGGGGCCAUGGGAGGCACUGACCACCCCCCAAAAUUUGCUCGCCUCCCCCAGUGGCCCUCCUUGGCAACACUGUCCUAUGUUGGUAAUAAUUUUAAUAAACCUGAGUACAAGAGAGAGGAAGACACGCUACAAUCAAUCAAUGAAAACAGGUUUUUAUGGAUUACAAAAUCAUAUUUGGUUUUCAUAUGUACCCAUUUUCAACUUCAAUAACAGGAAAUUAAGUAGGCAUAGAAUUAUUUUCUCUCUUUUUUUGCUAUAUUUUUUAAGUAUAUUCGAUAACAGCAUAAGAAAACUGGAAAUUCUGUUUUUGUUGUGCUACCCCAGUAUUUUUAGUGGCCCCUAUAUGGCCACCCCUAUGAAAAAGUUCUGGAGCUGGGAAUCUCAUCAAUGUGGAAAAAACCGUGAAGAAAAGAGGAUAUGUUAAGAUUCUGAAAGAUCUUGAAGCAAAUAUGGUCUAGGUCCUCACUUUGUCUUCCUACAACAACCUGAAACGUGUGCAAAGUGAAGUAAUCUAACCAUACAAAAUACAACUAGUAUGUUUGGAAAAGUUGUGUUUAAAAAAAAAAAAUUCUGUUUAUCAUAACUUUUUCAAAGGCAGGCUUAUAAUUCUGUCCUCACCUGUGCAUCUUACUUUUUGCCAACUGUUAAAGAAAAAAUUACAGUUUUUCAUAUUUUAGCAACAUUUAUUGCAAUUUAAAAAUCAAUCUCUUAAUAAACAGCACGAUAUUCAUGACUGUACUACAAUCAUGUUUUAUGUCCUUCUAAAAUCUAUGCAGCCAUGGACCAAUUUGCCUGAAUAUGAGAGUCAACGUGAUGAUAUUUUAGAUUGUUGUAGUUUGUCUGUGUUAUUUUCAUAUUUGACCCAGCAUCAAUGAAGUGGAUGAGUACAUCAUUAGAAAUUAGUAAACCUUAGCAAUGAACAUUUAAAUGAGACCGUUUAAAAAGAGCAAUAGUGGUUGAAACGUUCAAAACCUAAACAGACAGAGGUCUCUGUGUCCCCCACUGUUUUUAAUCACCCUCCUUUACAACCACCAGUUUGCUACCACAAAGAUAGAAGGAGACACAAAAGAAAGGUCUCUGCAAAUCCAAUGACAACAUUUUAAACACAAACAAUAGGACAAGCAAGUGUUUUAACAAAUGCAAAAGAAUGAGACCAUAAAAUGACAACAUCAAGAGCACUGUUUUUGUUUAUUGCACGAAUCGUACAUAUUUCCAACUGAACUGGUAGAACGCAAUAUUAGGCAGUGGUGGGAAAAAAACUGUUCAUCAAAAGCUGUAAUAUGUAUACAAGAUACCCAAAAUAGCCAGUGGGAACAUCUGGAUAGAACUGUCUCAAAUCAUGGAUUAAGAUCUAGAAAGGAAACACUGCUUUUUGUUUCUCUGGGAAGAAAAAAAAGAAGAUGUCAAUACUUGAAAUGAUAGCAGUUCUGUUUAUAACAGAGAUGUCAUGAGAGGAAGAAAAAAACAAACAGAAAAUGGUCAUGUCAAGACAUGUUUUUCUCUGGAUUUUAAAAGUAUUUUGUCCUCAUAUAGAAUAUAAACCUCUGGAUCAUUACCAAUCAAAUGUUCUGACAUUUUUUUCUGAAGUCGAACAGCAUUUGCUAAAGUCUUUUUUUUUUUUUUUUACAGUUUUAAUAUAUAUUUAUAUAUGUACAUAUAAAUUCAACUAACUACAGUUCUCAUAGAAAAUGAGAAAAGCUGGACUUUUAUCGCUCUCACACAACAAAUGACUGGCAAGCAUAUUGACUCUGCUCCUCCCCCCAUUCUCAUCUUUGAGCCGCUGUCAACGCAGCACAGAGACAGGAGUGAUGUGCUGGCUGCUAACACCCGACCUGGCUCAGGUGGAAUUCAUUUUUAAACUUUUUCUUUUGUUGUUGUUCUUGCCGUAAGCUAGAUGAUACAUUGGUCAGGCUUGUUAAAUAUACUAAAUGUGAAGCUAACACCAUCAGGUACUUAGCAUAGUUUUAUACAAAGGGGAUGCAACCCAGGGAUGUGGCUAGGCUGGGUCUGUCCAGAGAUAACCAAAUCAACUAAUAAGCACUAAGUUAUAACAUUGUAUGUCAGUUCUUUAAGCCAAAUCUCAAAGCCUAGAAAACUUCCUUUCUGGUUACUCUCCACCAUCCUCAGUAACAAUUAAGAUUUUCAUAUGGCUUAAACAAAGAACAUAAAAUGUGAUAAGUGGAGAGAUUUAAAUGUGCUGCUAUGUGGACUGAACCAGACUAGCCAUUUCUCCCUUGUUCAAGAUUCAUGGCAAGAAAAUGAAA